UAGAUUUUGUACAGUUAACGCAUGAUGGCGCACUUCCUGUUGGGUGUAGAGCAUGGCUGUGAUUGACUUUUUUGUGUUUCCUGAUGUGCUGCAUAUGCCUCCCAAAUUUUUAGCUCUCGGCCAAAUUCCCUCCGAGUUGGCCUAAUACCACUUUUUAAAAUUUUGUAGGGGGCGCUAUGGAGCCAUUUUGUGACACACCUCCACAUGCCCUAAAAAAUAUGAAAUUUUUCGCCAGUUCUGAUGUGUGUGAAAAUUUACAUGACUUUUCGAGCAUGUUCAGGACCUGAAAAAUGCAGUUGUUUUGGCAGAAUAAUAAUAAUAAUAAAAACCCUAAGGUUCCAAUAGGGUCCUUCGGCACCGUUGGUGCUCGGACCCUAAUAAACCGUAGGGUUCCAAUAGGGUCCUACGGCACCGUUGGUGCCUUGGACAGCCGGUGCCCUUGCACCGCCUGUCCUCGGCACCUCGGUGCUCGGACCCUAAUAAAAAGACAAUAAGUCACAAUAAGACAUUACAAAGUGUACAUAAAGGUACAUGGUAUAUAUUAGAAUAUUACUCACUAGUACAUGGUAUAUAUUGUAGUAUUACUCACAGGUACAUGGUAUAUUGUAGUAGUACUCACAGGUACAUGGUAUAUUGUAAUAGUACUCACAGGUACAUGGUAUAUUGUAGUAUUACUCACAGGUACAUGGUAUAUUGUAGUAUUACUCACAGGUACAUGGUAUAUUGUAGUGGUACUCACAGGUACAUGGUAUAUUGUAGUAUUACUCACAGGUACAUGGUAUAUUGUAGUAUUACUCACAGGUACAUGGUAUAUUGUAGUAGUACUCACAGGUACAUGGUAUAUUGUAGUAUUACUCACAGGUACAUGGUAUAUUGUAGUGGUACUCACAGGUACAUGGUAUAUUGUAGUGGUACUCACAGGUACAUGGUAUAUUGUAGUAGUACUCACAGGUACAUGGUAUAUUGUAGUAGUACUCACAGGUACAUGGUAUAUUGUAGUAGUACUCACAGGUACAUGGUAUAUUGUAGUGGUACUCACAGGUACAUGGUAUAUUGUAGUAGUACUCACAGGUACAUGGUAUAUUGUAGUAUUACUCACAGGUACAUGGUAUAUUGUAGUAGAACUCACAGGUACAUGGUAUAUUGUAGUAGUACUCACAGGUACAUGGUAUAUUGUAGUAGUCCUGACGGGUACAUGGUAUAUUGUAGUAGUACUGACAGGUACAUGGUAUAUUGUAGUAGUACUGACAAGUACAUGGUAUAUUGUAGUAGUACUCACAGGUACAUGGUAUAUUGUAGUAGUACUCACAGGUACAUGGUAUAUUGUAGUGGUACUCACAGGUACAUGGUAUAUUGUAGUAGUACUCACAGGUACAUGGUAUAUUGUAGUAUUACUCACAGGUACAUGGUAUAUUGUAGUAGAACUCACAGGUACAUGGUAUAUUGUAAUAGAACUCACAGGUACAUGGUAUAUUGUAGUAGUACUCACAGGUACAUGAUAUAUUGUAGUAUUACUCACAGGUACAUGGUAUAUUGUAGUAUUACUCACAGGUACAUGGUAUAUUGUAAUAGAACUCACAGGUACAUGGUAUAUUGUAGUAUUACUCACAGGUACAUGGUAUAUUGUAGUAUUACUCACAGGUACAUGGUAUAUAUUGUAGUAUUACUCACAGGUACAUGGUAUAUUGUAAUAGAACUCACAGGUACAUGGUAUAUUGUAGUAUUACUCACAGGUACAUGGUAUAUUGUAGUAUUACUCACAGGUACAUGGUAUAUUGUAAUAGAACUCACAGGUACAUGGUAUAUUGUAGUAGCACUCACAGGUACAUGGUAUAUUGUAGUAUUACUCACAGGUACAUGUAUAUAUUGUAGUAUUACUCACAGGUACAUGGUAUAUUGUAGUAGAACUCACAGGUACAUGGUAUAUUGUAGUAUUACUCACAGGUACAUGGUAUAUUGUAGUAUUACUCACAGGUACAUGGUAUAUAUUGUAGUAUUACUCACAGGUACAUGGUAUAUUGUAGUAGUACUCACAGGUACAUGGUAUAUUGUAGUAUUACUCACAGGUACAUGGUAUAUUGUAGUAUUACUCACAGGUACAUGGUAUAUUGUAGUAGUACUCACAGGUACAUGGUAUAUUGUAGUAUUACUCACAGGUACAUGGUAUAUUGUAGUAUUACUCACAGGUACAUGGUAUAUUGUAGUAUUACUCACAGGUACAUGGUAUAUUGUAGUAUUACUCACAGGUACAUGGUAUAUAUUGUAGUAUUACUCACAGGUACAUGGUAUAUUGUAGUAGAACUCACAGGUACAUGGUAUAUUGUAGUAUUACUCACAGGUACAUGGUAUAUUGUAGUAUUACUCACAGGUACAUGGUAUAUUGUAGUAUUACUCACAGGUACAUGGUAUAUUGUAGUAUUACUCACAGGUACAUGGUAUAUUGUAGUAGUACUCACAGGUACAUGGUAUAUUGUAGUAGUACUCACAGGUACAUGGUAUAUUGUAGUGGUACUCACAGGUACAUGGUAUAUAUUGUAGUAGUACUCACAGGUACAUGGUAUAUUGUAGUAUUACUCACAGGUACAUGGUAUAUUGUAGUAGAACUCACAGGUACAUGGUAUAUUGUAGUAGUACUCACAGGUACAUGGUAUAUUGUAGUAGAACUCACAGGUACAUGGUAUAUUGUAGUAUUACUCACAGGUACAUGGUAUAUUGUAGUAUUACUCACAGGUACAUGGUAUAUAUUGUAGUAUUACUCACAGGUACAUGGUAUAUUGUAGUAGUACUCACAGGUACAUGGUAUAUUGUAGUAUUACUCACAGGUACAUGGUAUAUUGUAGUAUUACUCACAGGUACAUGGUAUAUUGUAGUAUUACUCACAGGUACAUGGUAUAUUGUAGUAGUACUCACAGGUACAUGGUAUAUUGUAGUAUUACUCACAGGUACAUGGUAUAUUGUAGUAUUACUCACAGGUACAUGGUAUAUUGUUA